AUGAUUCCCCAUUGGGAGAGAAAGAAUGAGAGCUACGGAGCUUCCUCCUUGUCUCCUUCUGCCGUCUCGUCGGAUUAUCAGGAGCCGGAUGGCUUAGGGAGGAGCGACGGGGCAAGCCACAUCCGCAGCGAAUCACGGCCCUUGCUUCCCUCUUUCUUCGGAUUUCCAUUGGCCGAUAGCUGUGGCGCAGUCGAGAGCAUUGUGCUGUCAGAUCGCUGUUCGCCGCGCUUGCUUCCAGUCUACCGCGAGUCUCCCGGCCCUGUCCGACCUUUCGAGCCACGGCGCUUCCGGUAUCUCCGCUCUUCCGGCGCUUGGCUCAUCGUCAAGUGCUCCUCCGGGGCAUACAGAACCCUCGAGUCUGCCUCGCCAAAUACCCAACACGGGGUUUUCAAGGCUAUUCUGACAUCUUUGAUCGACCAGACAGAUCUCCUUACGGCUACAGUAUGUCGAUCGAUCUGCUCAGGUAGGGCCGGAUCUUACAGCUACUCCCAGCCUCAACUUCAGCAGCCCGUCGUCGACUUCCAGAAGAAACCCCUCGGCCCAUAA